AUGUCGCUGAGCUCGGAAGAGAUUAAUUCCAUAUCCAUUGCAGGUCGUGUCAGUUCCUCGCUGUCCCUCUUGGGGUCGUUUGCCAUCAUCGCAGCGUUCGCCUUUUCGCGCUACUGUCGCAGUCCCAUCCAUCGGAUCAUUUUUUACAAUGCUUUCUACAAUCUUUUCGACUCGGUGGCCACGAUGAUAUCCGUCAGUGGCCCGCGUGCGGGAAACACGUCUGCAUUGUGCCAAUUCCAGGGGUUUGCGCUUCAGAUGUUUCCGGUCGCAGAUGUUCUCUGGACGUUCGUCAUGUCGUUGGACACCUAUCUCGUGGUCCUGCAUCGCUUUGAAUCGGGCUACUUGCACAAGCUUGAGCCGUUCUACAUUGGUGUCAUAACGGUCUUGACCUUCAUCCCAGCCAUCGUGUUUCUGUUCAUACGAUCGCCUGAGAAGGGCCCCGUUUAUGGAAGCGAAACGGUGGGCGAUACUCUCGUGGCGUCUUGCCGUGGUCAUGAGCUAAUAAGCUUCCCAGAUAUGGUGUUCCAUAGCGCCGGAAUGGGCCUCCCCAGGAUUCUCAUUGGUGUGGUACUUCUCAUCUACUUCUUGAUCGGCUUCGAGAUCUUCAAAUUACGCCAUGACUUUAAAUUGACGGGGGACGAUCAUAUCGCAUUGACUUCCGCGCAUUCCCGUCCUUCUCCAGCACGCCUUUCGUGGAGUUCAACGGCCGUGCAGGACGAGACCCUCUCCGCGAAAUCCUCGCUGGGUAUUCCGUCAAGGACUGGGACUGAAGCUUUUGCUCAAUCCCCAGCCUCCCAGCCGCCGCUGAGGCCUCCGGGCUUUGCCGUCCGCUCCUCCACACAGCGCCGAGUCUCGUUCAAGCAAUACAUCAUGAUGCCCUCGCUUUUCUUCCUUGCCCUUCUGGCUACGUGGGUGGCGCCGACAAUAAACCGUGUGGCGGCAUUUAUCCAUCCGGGUUCCGAAUCGUUCCCUCUUCUCGUGGCAGUCAGUACGCUUGGAUCUCUACGAGGGUUUUGGAACGGGGUAAUUUUCAUCACCAUGGGCUGGAAGGGGUGGAGACGAAGGAGAAAAAUCCGAAGUGAGUUAUCGAGGGUGAGGCACCCCUGUUAA